AUGGGAGGAAUUGACGUGAAGAACAAGGUUUGCCCUUUAGUUUAUCAAUUUUUGGUAGAUAAUGGUUUUGAAAAGACAGCAAAGGCUUUCGCGAAGGAAGGCAGUAUCGAAACUGGUGAAAAACAAACACAUAAGAAAAGUUUGAUAGAUUUGUUGUCCCAUAAGGAAAUUGCCUCUUAUGUUUCAAAUGAAAAAGAAAGUUCUAAAGAAAAAGGCACCGAGAAGGUAAAAAGAAGCACCAAAAAAGAAAGCAGUGAUGAUUCAGAUUCGACAUCUUCGUCUGAUGAAGAAUCCUCCUCUUCAGAUUCUGAAGAAUCAUCUAGCUCUUCUUCAUCAUCAAGUGAGAGCGAAUCCUCUGAAAGUGAAAAAAAGUCUUCAAGUGGAUCUAGUUCUUCCUCUUCCUCUUCUUCCUCCGAUGAAGAGUCCUCAUCUUCCUCUGACGAUGACAGUUCUGAUAGCAGUUCUUCUGGUUCCUCUUCUUCCUCCUCCUCCUCCGACGACGAAGAGUCCUCGUCUUCCUCUGACGAUGACAGUUCUGAUAGCAGUUCUUCUGGUUCCUCUUCUUCCUCCUCCUCCUCCGACGACGAAGAGUCCUCGUCUUCCUCUGACGAUGAUAGUUCUGAUAGCAGCUCUUCUGGUUCCUCUUCUUCCUCCUCCGCCUCCUCCGACGAAGAGUCCUCGUCUUCCUCGGACGAUGACAGUUCUGAUAGCAGCUCUUCUAGUUCCUCAGACUCUGAGGACAAUGAAAGUGAAAAGUCAAGUAAGUCUUCUUCUUCUUCUGGAGAAAGCGAUUCAAGCUCUUCUAGCGACGAAUCCGAUUCGGAUUCUGAGUCUGGGUCAAGCUCUUCUAGUAGUUCAGCUUCCUCCUCCUCAGAAAGUUCUUCCGAGUCAGAGGAUUCUGAUGAAAGCUCAUCAUCUAGCGAAUCCGAGUCAGAAAAAAGUUCCUCAAAAUCCUCUAAGGAUAAAAAACCCAAAUCAUCAAGUUCAUCCUCUUCUUCAGCUUCUUCAUCGUCUAGUUCAUCUUCCUCAUCUGAACAAGGCAGCAAGCGUAAGCACGAGGACUCUCAAAGCGAUUCAGCUUCAAUGAAAUCUGCUCGUACCGAGAAAAAGCCUUUUAGCCGGGUUGGUGACCCCUCCCAGUGGGAGUUUGCUUCUCAAGCUCAUAGGGAUAAUGCUUUUAAUUUCGGUGAAGAUGACUAUGGAGCCAAAGCUAAUCAAGAUUUGAGUGUUACUCGCGGUAAAGGAUUUCGUCAAGAAAAGAAUAAAAAGAAGCGUGGCAGUUACCGUGGCGGUAGAAUUAAUUUGGAUGUGAGAAGCAUUAAGUUUUAG